UUGAAUUUAAAUCCUAUAAUUAAUCUUUUCUAUACACAUGAUCUCUUUACUCAGUCAAACAUUCUCAUACUUUGAGAUCUCAUACCAAAGAAGAAGCUAACAACCAAAUUACAUUCACUUUCACUUUGUAUCAUUCCUUGUUCUCCACAUCUCUGUAAGAAAAAUGACUACGUAUGGAACAAUCUCAGAAGACGACGACAUUCCAUCAAAUCCAAACUUACUAUACGUUUCGCAGGCCAAAGAUCGCAUCCAGGCUGGUCUAGGCGUAACAAGACCAUGGAAAGAAUUGAUCCAAUCUUCUCAUUUCAAAUUUCCAUCUUCCUUCUACGGUACCAUUCAAAGAAUCAACACGAAUGCCAAACACUUUCGCGCAAAUUACGUGAUCAUCAUAUUGUUUGUUCUUUUCCUUAGCUUACUAGGACACCCCAUUUCAUUAAUCAUACUAAUUGUGAUGAUGAUUGCAUGGUUGUACUUAUAUUUCCUAAGACCUACACCUUUAGUGAUUUUGAGGUUUCAAAUUGAUGAGAGAUUGGUGGUUAUAUCAUUGUUGUUGAUCACAAUUGGUUUGCUUGUUCUAACGGAUGUAACACAUAAUGUGGUAGUGGGUAUGUGUGUUGCUUUAGGAGUUGUUUUGAUCCAUGCUGUGUUGAGAGAAACUGAGGAUCUUUUCACUUUGGAUGAAGAUGUAGGGAUUGUAAGGGGUGUUAGAGAGGUUAUCAAAGUCCCUCUUAGACAACCUGGUUCCUCUUCUUUUACUUUGCCUCCUUAAUUACUACCAAUUUGUGCUAUAUAGAAUCAACAACAAAUCUAUAUUCCACAUUUCUUGUUACUUCCAUUCUUGUUUAAUUGGUUGAUUCAUAUUUAUACAAUAUAUUCAU